AUGCAUCAUGAGGAUGCACUGUACGACGUUCGGGCAAACAAGUACUAUGUGGAUGUUGUCGAUGAAGUCGACCUUGACCUCUCCCCGUUCCUAAAACGGUACAAGGAUGGCCGAAUCGAGCGGUUGCUGAAAAGUCCCUUUGUGGCUGCGUCUGACAACCCGACGGCCAACCGCGGGGCGGCGACGAGGGACGUCGUCGUCGACCACGGCACCGGCGUGACGUACCACCGCUACGCCACCUCCCUCGUCGCGAGCGCCGGGGCGAUCGUCGUCUCGGUGGAGUACUGCCUCGCGCCGGAGCACCCCAUCCUCGCGGCCUACGACGACACAUGGUCUGAGCUCCAGUGGGUGGCGUCCCUUGCCGACCCAUGGCUCGCCGACUACGCCGACCCUGCGCGCACGUUCCUCACCGGCGACAUGGCCGUGGCGGAGAGGGACACCCUGCGGGAACGCGGGUGCCGCCUGUUCGCCCGCAUCCGCGACUACGGCUACGUGGCGACGCUGGUGGAGUCGGAGGGGGAGGACCAUCACUACUAG